AUGAGCACGACCGAUGAGUUUGUCGGUUACUAUAAAAUAUUUAUCAGAGCAACUCCAUUGAUCUACGACUAUAGCACAUCCCAAUUUGUAGAACCAUCUUCUUCGUUCAGACCAGUAAAACUAGUAACACCGUACGAUACAAUGGAGAAACGACAUUUGGUCCUUAAGAGAAUGAAGUCAUCUGAAAAUGUUCCUCGGACAACAAGCGCAUGCAAUUCUGUAAAACUAGCGAAUGUCAUGUCACGGUCAAUGACGAAUGACGUAUCAGUUUCAAAAAGAAUGAUUCAGCACGCAACAAAACUCGCGUUUGAUGGGGCAAAAUUCGACGUGUUCUGCGCAACCGGUGAAUUUAGCUACAGUAUUCAUUCUCGAAAAUAUUGUGAAAUCGCAUUAGAAGAAAUGACAUGCUUCGCGUUUCGUUAA